AUGUAUCGAUCCUCUAAGAAAGUGAAAUUGAUAUCAACCUGUGAUGUCUGCCAAUUUCGCAAGGCUGAAUGUGAUAAGGAACGACCAGAGUGCAGUACUUGUAAAAAAUCCAAUAUAGCCUGUACUUAUGAGCGUGCUGCUUUCGUUAAAGCAUUACAUGAUAAGCAAAUUGAGGAAAAAGACGAAUUCAAUCAUUUAACGCAGUUUGGACCAUUAUAUGAUGAAUCAGAUUAUUUAUCGAUUGUCAAUGAAAAUCAGCAGAAUGUCGAUAAUGUUCCCAACGAUUCUACUGAAUCCGAACGAAACUGCGCAAUUCCAACCAACCCUACCACAUCUCUCGCCUCAGUAAUCGUCACAUCAACAGCCACAUUCCCACUAACAACCGAAACAACUGAAUCAACGCGAUUCGAUUUAUCCGAUAUCGAACAAUCUACCUCAUCAAUAUAUAAUAUUCUUAAUGAUUUACCACCACAAUCAUGCGAAUUUCUUCUUAACCAAGUUGAGAAUUUACAAAAUGAAAUUAUGUGA